GCUCGAUGGGAUGUAGUAUAUAGGUCAACAUCAUCACGAGAAUAAUGCGCGAUGACUGUCUCAACUUCAAUUCCUUAAACUGCCCUGGCCUCAACGUGAGUUUCAAUUCUGAUCAAGUCGGCUAGUCUUGUUCCCGAUAAUCGUCGCCCGCGGAUAUGACGCAAACUUGGACCUUUCCGGGAGUUGCCGUCGUCACAGGAGCCGGUGGCACAGGCAUCGGUGCAGCCACAGCAAAAGCAUUUGCUUCGGCAGGAUGUGAAAGAAUCGCAAUCACGGAUCUUAAUUCUGCCUCUUUAGAUCAGACUCGAAAGGCCAUCCUCGCUUCUUACCCUCAGACGCGUCUUCUAGUCAAGGCGGGUGAUAUAUCCGAUGAGAGCUUUGUCGAGUCGUUCGUCAGUGAGGUGGUGGAUACAUUUGGACGGCUGGAUUAUGCGGUCAAUUGCGCCGGAAUCCUAGGAGACGCCAUGCGAACAACCGAGACAUCAACAGCGGUAUUUGACCAUAUCAACAACAUCAAUUACCGGGGUGCUUGGUUCUGUUCUAGAGCAGAGUUGAGACAAAUGGUAGCACAGGAUCCUUUACCGAGUCAUGAUCCGAAUCGCGUUCCUCAGCGAGGGGCUAUUGUGAACGUUGCAAGCCAGCUGGGAAUCGUAGGGCGCCCGAGUGCUCCUGCGUAUUGUAGCUCCAAGGCUGCUGUGAUUGCGAUGACUCGCUCCGAUGCAAUCGACUACUCUGCGGAGGGCAUCCGUGUAAAUUGUGUCUGUCCGGGUGUAAUUGAGACUCCGAUGACAACGUACAGUGAGGAAAUUCGAGAGCACUUUCAACCAGCAGUCGAGAUUGCCCCAAUGAAGAGGAUGGGGAAACCGGAAGAAGUGGCUGAUUCCAUACUCUUCUUGUGUUCGACUUUUGCCUCGUUUGUGCAAGGACAUGCGCUUGUUGUCGACGGAGGGUAUAUCAUCAACUGAUGAGAAGCUUCUUCACCAUAAUAAUGAUAAUGACAAAGGAUGAAAUAAGAUGAACAACAGAUCUGGUGCCGUUAGCAUUCAGGAGACAUGAGAGGAAAUCGAACGGUAUGCCAACAGCUUGCUAUGUAAAGAACGAUAUGGAAGUAUGUAAUCGGAAAUUUGCAUGUGAGAGACAUGACAUCCAAGUUUCCCAAAAAAUAGUAUAGUCAAUGAGCGUUUCUCACCCAGACCAACUCCUAUAAAAUUCUAUCUAUAAUGUACUGUGUCUAUCAAUGACUCGCCACCUCUUUCCAAUCGUAGUUUUUCUCCCAUGCAUAUCCCGCUUUGAGUACCUUGGACUCCUGCCACAACCCUCCGACAAUCUGCAUACCGACUGGGAGCUUGACUUGGGGAUCGUCCUUGGCCGGAGCGUACCCCACUGGUAUGCUCAUCGCUGGGUGUCCCGUAACAUCAAAAAUUGCCGUGUUAAUUGUCAGGCCCAUGCUAGGCUUCAGGGACUCGACCGGUAGGCCUCGUGCACCAUGUCUUGGUGCAACAACGGGAGUGGUUGGCAUUACAACCACAUCGUACUUCUGGAGAAGAUCCUCG